AUCAACUACAAAAAUAUGCCCAACCAACAUAUACUUACUACAUUCAACCUGCUACCAGUAGGGCUAAACAUCUCAACCUGAUGGAAUUUUGGUUCCAUACUACUAACCUGCUCUAUCCUACAAAUCGCAACGGGUUUCUUCCUAGCAAUACACUACACCGCCAACAUCAACCUAGCCUUCUCAUCAAUUAUCCAUAUCACACGGGAUGUCCCAUACGGAUGAAUCAUACAAAACCUACACGCAAUCGGCGCAUCAAUAUUCUUCAUUUGUAUCUACAUUCACAUCGCACGAGGAUUAUACUAUGGCUCAUACCUAAAUAAAAACGUAUGAUUAUCAGGAACAGCACUACUAAUCACCCUAAUAGCAACAGCCUUCUUUGGAUACGUACUACCAUGGGGACAAAUAUCAUUCUGAGCGGCAACAGUAAUCACAAACUUACUAACCGCUGUACCCUAUGUGGGAACCACAUUGACUACCUGACUGUGGGGCGGAUUUUCAAUUAACGACCCCACCCUAACACGAUUCUUUGCCAUACACUUCAUACUCCCAUUCUUAAUCAUCUCUAUAUCCUCAAUCCACAUCAUACUCCUACACAAAGAGGGUUCAAGCAACCCACUAGGGACCAACUCAGACAUCGACAAAAUCCCAUUCCACCCAUACCACUCGUACAAAGACACCCUAAUACUAACUAUUAUAAUCACUCUGAUCUUCAUAAUUAUAUCGUUCACCCCAAAUAUCUUCAAUGACCCAGAAAACUUUUCAAAAGCUAACCCAAUAGUCACACCACAACACAUUAAGCCAGAAUGGUACUUCCUAUUUGCCUACGGAAUUCUACGAUCAAUUCCCAACAAGCUUGGAGGGACCAUAGCCCUAGUUAUAUCCGUAAUAAUCCUAAUAACAAUACCAUUCACUCACACAUCCCACCUACGAUCAAUAACAUUCCGACCUAUAGCUCAACUAAUAUUCUGAACUAUAGUUGCAACAUUUAUCACCAUCACAUGAGCAGCAACUAAACCAGUAGAGCCGCCUUUUAUUAUAAUUGGACAAACAACCUCUAUUUUAUACUUCUUAUUUUUUAUUAUGAACCCUAUCCUGGGCUGAUCAGAGAAUAAAAUAUCAAUAAAUACAUGUUCUAGUAGCUUAACUAAAAGCAUUGUUUUUGUAAACCAAAGCCGGGUUAAACCCCCUAGAACAUCAAAGAGAGAACUUCUAUCACUAGCCCCCAAAACCAGCAUUUUUAAUUAAACUACUCUUUGAACAUAAAACUCCCGCCACCCAAAAAAUAAGCUCUCCUAGGACCCCCCCCUACCCCCCCCAACAAUUUAAACCCGGAUUCCAACUAUAAAUUCGCUCAAAAAUUCCGCCUAUAUGUACCCCUACAUAUUUAUCUUUAUUUGCUAUGUAUAAUCAUACAUUAAUGAUAUGCCUCACGCCUAAUAAACCAGAAUUAUCCUUUAAAUAUUUGUAUAUAAAAUUGGGUCACUACCAUCAAAUUUAUUACCGCAUCCCUCGUACGUUCCAUAUUAAGUAGAUUAUACUUUAUUAAUAAUCAUGACUAUCCUGUUCCAAGUGGUGUCCCAUGAUUUAGUCCUGCCCGUGAAACCCCCUAUCCUUCCACUGAAAGCAUGGCAGUCCCGCUUCUCACGUCCAUAUAUUGUAACCCCUCCCAGCUAUGCUCUUUCCAAGACCGCUGGUUACACCUUCAAGUUCAUCUCAAUGGCCCGGAACCAUCCCUCCCUACUAGCUUUUUCCAAGGCCUUUGGUCGCACCCGUUAUAUUGGUACAUCCACCCUCAUGUUCUUAUCAGCUAUGCCCGUUCCACCCCUGGUAGCUCUUUUUAUCUCUACCUUUCACCUGGCACCCAUAUAUGCUCGUUACCGUCUCCCCGACCGGGGUAAUACCAUCUAGUCCGGGUGGAGCCCUAUUCUUGGCUUUACAUAUUCCCUAAGCGGGUAUUAUUCUUUCAUGCUUGUUAGACAUAUUUUUUUAACCUCCGACAAAUUCCAUUAAUUCGUUAUUAUAAAUUUUCCGCAGUAAGCACUUUUUAAACACCCCUAUUUUUAAAAAUACGGGUAAAAUAAUGCGACAAACCUAUAAUAAAUUUUUAAACCCAAAAUUUUAUACGAAUUAUCCUUGCAUAUCAACUCCUCCACUUUCACCGCACUCACACAAAAAGUUAUUAUAAAAAUUACAGUCACAAUAAAACCCGCCCCGUAAUUUAACUUUUUUUUCUCAAAACAAAUUUCAAAUGCCAAAAAUGCCCCCCUAAAAAAGUAGUAAAAUUACCAACACUUUUUUAAAUCACCCGAAUUUUUAUAUUAAUGUUAUCAUAGCUUACAGUAAAGCAUAGCACUGAAAAUGCUAAGACGGCACCACCUGAUUACACAAGGUCUUGGUCUUAAACCUAGUACUACUUUAACCCAUUAUUAUACAUGCAAGACUCGUCACAACGGUGAGACAGCCCACUAAAUCAGUAUACGGAGCAGGUAUCAGGUAAUUACCAACAACACCAAGCAAACAAGCCACACCCCCACGGACCAGCAGCAGUAGUUAAUAUUAGGCCAUAAGCGAAAGCUUGACCUAGAGAUGGGAUUUCAGGGCCGGUUAAUCUCGUGCCAGCAACCGCGGUUAUACGACAGACCCAAAAUAAUACUAACGGCGUAAAGAACGACCAGACAUAUGAUUUACCCGCUUAGGGACGAAGACAAAUCUGGGCUGUAAAAAGCCAUAAGACGCAUUAACCACACCCUAACAAUAAAACAACUUCAACUCGUGAAAGCCGGGGUACAAACUAAGAUUAGAUACCUUACUAUGCCCAGCAGUAACACAACAAUUAAAUAACGCAUUGUUCGCCAAAUAACUACGAGUAAAAACUUAAAAUUUAAAAGACUUGACGGUAUCUCACAACAACCUAGAGGAGCCUGUCUAAUAACCGAUACCCCACGAUAAACCUAACCCAGGCUGGCCCAACAGUCUAUAUACCGCCGUCGCCAGCCCACCUUGUGAAAGUAACAGAGUGGGCCUAAAAGCCACAACACUAACACGACAGGUCGAGGUGUAACUUAUGCCUGGGUAAAAGAUGGGCUACAUUUUCUACCACAGAAUAAACGAAUAGACUUUGAAACAAGAAACUGAAGGCGGAUUUAGAAGUAAGCUGAGAACAAAUAUACUCAACCGAAAUCAAUGCAAUGAGAUGCGUACACACCGCCCGUCAUCCCUGACAACCAAUAAACCACAAAAUAUUAAAACAAAUAACACUAAACAGGGCAAGUCGUAACAUGGUAAGCGUACUGGAAGGUGCGCUUAGAAACAAAAAGUAGCUUAAACAAAGCACUCGACCUACACUCGAGAGAUAUUCAACAAUCUUUUUGAGCCGGGAAAAGACAACACAAACAUACAUAUAUAAAUAAACAAAUCAUUUGAUAAACCAAGUAGAUGUGAUCGAACAGUAACCAUUAACCAAGUACCGUAAGGGAAUAAACUACAAGCACAAAACAGCAAAGACUAAACCUUGUACCUUUCGCAUCAUGGUUUAGCCAGUAACCAAAGACAAGAAGAAUCACAGUCCACACCCCGAAACCAAAUGAGCUACUUUAGAGCAGCCUACUGGGCACACCCUUCUCUGUGGCAAAAGAGUGGGAAGACUUAAAAGUAGAAGUGAAACGCUUAACGAAUUUGGAGAUAGCUGGUUACCAAAAAAAGAAUAUAAGUCCUUCCUCAUACAGAAUAAUACCACAUAAUCAAAUGAGGACAUCAAUAAGGGUACAGCUUUAUUGAAACAGGAUACAACCUGAAUUUGAGAGGAAAUACCGCACAAAUUAACCCGUAGGCCUUUAAGCAGCCACCAAACAAAAUAUCGUUAAAGAAUUUACUAACAAAUCCCAAUACCAAUAAAAAACUCCAAACCAACUAAUGGUAGACCCAUUUAAAUGGGUAUUAUUAUGCUAAAACUAAUAAUAAGACAACCCCUCUAACUACGCACCUGUCCACUAGACCGGAUAAUCCACUAGCCAUUAACAGACCAUAAAAGGAAAAGACAACGCAAUUCACAAACAAACACCCACUGUGACACCAACACAGGAGCGUUAAAAAGAAAGAUAUAAUACUAUAAAAGGAACUCGGCAACCAAAAGCCCCAACUGUUUAACAAAAACAUAACCUUUAGCCAAACAAAUAUUAAAGGCAACGCCUGCCCAGUGAACAAUUAAACGGCCGCGGUACACUAACCGUGCAAAGGUAGCAUAAUAAUUUGUCUACUAAUUAUAGACCUGCAUGAAAGGCAAAAUGAGGGCUUGACUGUCUCUUAUAGUAAAUCAAUUAAACUGAUCUCCUAGUAAAAAAGCUAGAAUUACCACAUAAGACCAGAAGACCCUGUGAAGCUUAAACUAAACUAUUAAACCAAAUAAUAACUACUUUAGGUUGGGGCGACCUUGGAAAAAGAAUAACUUCCAAAAGUCUAACGACACAAACAGGCCGACAAGCCAAUCAAACGACCCAGCAACGCUGAAAAUUGAACCAAGUUACUCCAGGGAUAACAGCGCAAUCUUCUUCAAGAGCCCAUAUCAAAAAGAAGGUUUACGACCUCGAUGUUGGAUCAGGACAUCCUAAUGGUGCAGAAGCUAUUAAGGGUUCGUUUGUUCAACGAUUAAUGUCCUACGUGAUCUGAGUUCAGACCGGAGCAAUCCAGGUCGGUUUCUAUCUAUGAACACGCUGCAUCCAGUACGAAAGGACCGAUAUAGCAAAGCCAAUACUAAAAGCACGCUUUAAAAUAACACAAUCACCACUUCAAACCAAGAAAAGGUUAAUUAAGGAAGCCCUUAAUAAUUACCACUAUCUUACUAAACAUUAUCAACCCACUAUUAUACAUCCUAUCUAUCCUAAUAGCAGUAGCAUUCCUAACCCUACUAGAACGAAAAUUACUCGGUUACAUACAACACCGAAAAGGCCCAAACCUGGUAGGCCCUAUGGGGCUACUACAACCAAUCGCAGAUGGACUAAAACUAAUUACAAAAGAAGCAACAAAACCAACUAUAUCCUCCCCCAUCCUAUUCACCAUUUCACCAAUUAUAGCUCUAACACUAUCACUUACAUCAUGAUCACCCAUUCCAAUACCUUCAAUAUUAACUAACAUAAACCUGGGCUUAUUAUUCAUUAUAGCUAUAUCGGGGAUAUUCACAUACUCUAUCCUAUGGUCAGGGUGGUCCUCUAACUCAAAAUACCCAUUAAUUGGAGCACUACGGGCCGUAGCCCAAAUUAUCUCAUACGAAGUUACCCUAGGAUUAAUCAUCAUCUCAAUAGCUACACUAUCUGGGGGUUAUUCAAUAACAAUAUUUACAGAAACACAAGAACACCUAUGGCUCCUCCUACCAACAUGACCAUUAGCUAUAAUAUGGUUCACCUCAACACUAGCAGAAACCAACCGAUCCCCAUUUGACCUUACAGAAGGCGAAUCUGAGCUAGUAUCGGGAUUUAACGUAGAAUUCUCAGCAGGACCAUUCGCACUACUAUUCCUAGCAGAGUACACUAACAUCCUAUUAAUAAACACCCUAUCAGCCAUCAUAUUCAUUAACCCUGGAACAACAUCCCCACAACUCUUCACCAUUAAUCUAAUAAUAAAAACCCUGAUACUAACCACAAUAUUCCUGUGGACCCGAGCCUCCUACCCACGAUUCCGGUACGACCAGUUAAUACACCUUCUAUGAAAACAAUACCUCCCUCUCACCUUAACAAUAUGCCUCCUUAACACCUGUUUAUCCACAGCAUUCUGUGGAACACCCCCACAAU